AAGGUGACUUUUCAAAUUUCGCGGGCUACGUACAUUCGAUUUUGGAAUUUUUUUGUUGUUAUGUUGGUACACAUGUCCCCAACAUAUGUUGACAUUAUCAGCUGUUUUGCAUGUUUGGUUUGUUUUUCACAGAUAUAAGGGUUAGACGUGUUUUGGUGUGUUUGGCGAUUUUUUGCUAUCGAAAAAUUAAAUUUUGUGUGAAAAAUAAAAUUAAGUGCUCUGACGUACUUGAAAUGUUGACUGCGGUAUUUAGCGAGUCUACUCUGAGCAAAAAAAAUGUUUACAAGUGGUACAAGCUCUUCACAGAAGGUCGAGAAGAUGUUAAUGACGAUGCCCGCCCUGGACGCCCCAGCACGUCAACAACCGAUGACAACGUCGAAGCAGUGAAGAAAAUUGUUAUGGAGAAUCGUCGAAUUACUAUUAGAGAAGUUGCUGAGGAUGUCGGCAUAUCGGUUGGCUCAUGCCAUGCAAUUUUUUCGGGUGUUUUGGGCAUGCAACGUGUGGCGGCGAAGUUUGUUCCGAAAUUGCUGAAUUUCGACCAAAAACAACGUCGUGUAGACAUUGUUCAGGAGCUGUUGAAUGCCGUCAACGACGAUCCAGAUUUGCUCAAAAGGGUCAUAACUGGUAACGAAUCAUGGGUAUAUGGCUAUGACGUCGAAACCAAAGCCCAAUCAUCCCAAUGGAAGCGGCCAGAAGAGAUAAAGACCGCACCGCUGGAAGAGCUCGAGAUCAUACAAAAAAGCGCAUAUCAAAAGUGUUUCGAGGAUUGGAAAAAGCGCUGGCACAAGUGUAUAAUUUCUGAGUGGGAUUACUUUGAAGGGGACAAAAUAGAUAUUGAUGAAUAAAUAAAUAUUUUU